AUGCAAAACAGAUGGAACUUGGCGGUGGUUAUCAAUGUGGCCUUGUUCCACUACCGCUUUCUCUCAACGAGUGAAAUACAGGGUCUCGAUUUACUCGCAAAUCUAGCUUGCCAUGCGGAGGAUACCAAGGCCGGCUUGAAUGAAAACCACUGGACGAGUCUAACUCAGCAAGGGCGGAUUGCACUCGAAAGAGCGCAGGACAAAACAAAAAGAGUAUCCGAUGUGCACAUGUUUCCGAGCAGCAGUCCAGACAAAGCAUCAGAGACUGUGCCAUCCGUCGAGGAGACCAACGAAGAUGAGUUUUCUCAGCUAGAUUCAAAAAGACGCAAAUUGGAUCCCGGCGUGUCAGUCGGCUCACCCGUUUCGGGACAAUCAGGGUGGCCAUCUCAGAGAUGCCAUCUCAGUGAUUCAAACCGGCUGACUAACGCACAUGUUAGGGAGAGCCUCAAGGUCGAAGAACAAGAUUCUCAAUUCUUGGUUAUCCGCGAUGUGGUCUUUGAUACGAGCACACAAGAUCGAUCACGGGAUACGAACAGUGAAAGCCAACCUGAAAAAGACGAAUUGCUCCCAACUAGAAAAGUCCGGCAAGUUAUAGUAGACUCGAAAUUUUGGGCUUGGAUUUCGAUCACCUGGAGUCUCUUAGAACAUGAACUCAGUGACCAAAUGAAACGCCAUGUAGAAUCCCGGCACGGAAAGUUAAUCCACCACCUCCCCCUUGACACAGCUCUGGGUGCCGACGAAGAACAAACUAUAGAAGGAUUCAAGUAUGAUCUCCACUUGAGAAAAAGGCUGGCCGACUUGAUUGUGUUUCUGUGGGCUGUUAAUCAUCAAGUCUUGUCGAUUUUGGGAACAAAGAAAAGGUUUAUGAUUCCUCACUCCAGCUCAGACUCAUGUGGCAAGACCAUCUUAUUGCAGGAGGAUUUGGAUAUCUCCCGGCUUGCAGUGAUGAUACUUGGAUGUUACUACAAGAAUCAAAACAUUGAGAAAUGGAGCUUCCUUUUCAAAGUAGAUGAGCGAUUUUUGAUUUACUUACUCAAUAAGAGCACUGAAUUAUUUCACCGUGAUAGUUUGAAAGCCAAGAAAAGCAAGAGUUUUGGAAGCUUCAAAACCUAUCAAAUCGUUCCUUGGAAGACCCAGAUGAAGCCUGAAUUGAAGCUGCUCAAUCUUGAGCUUGGACACCGCAAUAUUGCUGAUUUCAAAUCUUGGGGCAGUUCAUGUUGCACCAAAAAUGCUGCUGAUGUGGCACAAGCCUUCAGUAAAGCUCCUUAUCAAGCAAAGGCCAAAGUCAAAAAUGAUCCCCAGUCCUUUGAGAGCACUUCGAUCCGAGUGCAGUGGACAACGGCCGAGCAAUCCGUCAGCCUUCACCACACUCAAAUAUAUAACGACAUCCACCCCCGCAAUCCCAUCAGCGACUCGCGCUCGACAGCCCGGACAGACGCCUCAACACUACACACUCAAACGAUGCCUCUGAACUCCGACCCUUCAACUAGCACAUUGAUAGGCGUUGGGAUCUCAGUGGCCGGCAACCUGAUGAUUUCGGUAGCGUUGAACGUGCAGAAGCUAGCCCACCAACGACUGGAGCCGAGCGAGCCCAGGCCAGCGAAGAAGCCGUCUGAAGCCACCCCUCUGAUGAUCGACGAGCCCCAAGAGCUCCAUGCCCCACCCACCGACCUAGAAUCCCCACGCUCCGUAUCCCCCGCAUCAUCUUCCUCGUCCCGCGCCCAGUCUUAUCAGCCCAAUGAUCUGGCCUACUUGUCCUCCCCGCUCUGGUGGCUCGGCUUCGUUAUCAUGUCCACUGGCGAAUUGGGUAACUUCGUCUCUUAUGGAUUUGCUCCUGCUAGCGUGGUGGCCCCCUUGGGCACGGUGGCCUUAGUCGGCAACUGCGUGGCAGCGCCGGUCCUUUUGGGCGAGAGAUUCAAGAAGCGUGAUUGGCUGGGGAUCGGCCUGGUGAUCAUCGGGACGAUUACCAUUGUUCUCAGUAGUCCUAGGACCUCGGAGGCCCUCUCGCCCGACCAACUGGCUCGCGCGAUCCGCCAAUUGGGCUUCAUCCUCUAUGCCGCUCUGUGUCUAUCCGCCAUCCUACUGCUCAUAUGCCUCUCUAGCACUCAAUGGGCGAACCGGUUCAUCGGGAUCGACGUCGGCCUUUGCGCAAUCUCGGGCGGAUUCACGGUGCUGUCCACGAAGGCGUUCAGCUCGUUGCUCAACGUGCUCUUUCUUGAUUGCUUCCACUAUUCCAUCACCUGGAUUAUGUUGGCGGUGAUGCUUGUGACUGCGGUCUUACAGAUUGUGUUUUUGAACCGGGCGUUGCAAAGAUUCGAUUCAAAGGCAAGCCUCCAUCAGCUCAACUGA